CUCAACCCCAAGAAACCGGAAGCAGUGAAGGCGAUUGUUUACUCUUCCUACGGUGGCCCAAAGGAGCAACGAAGUAGGCGUAGGAGAAUUUAUCAUAUUCUCACAGUCGCGAUGUCUUUUAAGAGGGAAGGGGACGACUGGAGUCAGCUCAAUGUGCUCAAAAAACGGAGAGUUGGGGACUUGCUGGCUAGUUACAUCCCUGAGGAUGAGGCACUGAUGCUACGGGAUGGACGCUUUGCUUGUGCCAUCUGCCCCCAUCGCCCAGUACUAGACACCCUGGCCAUGCUGACAGCCCACCGUGCAGGCAAGAAGCAUCUGUCCAGUCUGAAGCUUUUCUAUGGCAAGAAGCAGUCAGGCAAGGGAACAGAGCCAAAUCCAAGACAGCAGAACGAACUGAAGACAGAAAGCAAAGCUGAGGCUCCUUUGCUAACCCAGACUCGAAUAAUUACCCAGAAUGCUCUACACAGAGCUCCCCACUAUAACAGUUGCUGCCGGAGGAAGCACAGACCAGAAGCCCCUGCUCCCUGUGUCUCCAGUUCUCCUUUGCCAACUCCAGAGGUCGAACUCCAGAGUGCAAAGAUCAGUAAGGAACCUGAGCCUGGGGAGAGACGAGAUGCCAAAGAGUCAGCAGCUCUCUUGGCCUCUGCACCCAUGAGCCCCACAAAACGCCGAGUCCUGAACCAUUACCUUACCCUCCGAAGCUCUGGAUGGGUCCCAGAUGGACGAGGUCGAUGGAUAAAAGAUGAAAAUGUUGAGUUUGACUCUGAUGAGGAAGAGCCCCCUGACCUCCCUGUGGACUAAUAAUAAUAACCCCUUUCCCAUUUGUCCUGCAAAUAAACUUCAGUGGGUCCUGGGAGCACACUGA